UCAAGUGCAGAGAAAAUAACCUACAGAAACACUACGAUGGAUUACAGACAAAAAAGAAAACUGUCUUUUCUGACUAUUGGAUUGAUAUUUCUUUUGAGCGGCGUGGAAUAUGCUGUCAUUCUGCCCACUAUAUGGAGAUAUCUGCAGUUAUUAGAGGCACCACCUUAUUUUCUCGGCUUGGGUCUAUCUGCGUUCAGCUUCAGUGGGCUGGUAUCUGGUCCAAUGUUUGGCCACUGGUCAGACAAGACCAGAACUACGAAGACCAUCAUCCUCUUCUCCAAUGUGUUUGAAAUUGUGGGAAACUUCAUGUAUUUCAUGGGAUAUUCAAAAUGGCUUCUUCUGUCUAGCCGUCUUGUUGCAGGUAUUGGAGCAGGAGCUGGUUCUUCCAUUUUUGGGUUCCUCACCCGCACUACUCUCCCUGAUGAGCGGGCUAGAGUCUUUGCUGCUGUCAUGGCAUGCCGUCAGGCUGGACUUCUAAUCGGUCCUGCUUUCAAUAUCUUUUUAAGGUUGUGUGAUUUUAAACUGGGUCCAUUUGUGGUAAAUAAGUACACCUCACCUGGGCUCUUCAUGUGCGGGAUGUGGGUGCUUAUGCAGUUUGCAGUAAUGACCCUGUACUGGGACAUCCCACCACUGGACUCCUUCUCUGAGCAGCACAUGCCCCUCAGAGAGUUCAGAGGUGAAGAAGAUGAGCCCCUCAUGAGUCUGGAAGAUGAACACGGGCCUGCCGCAGAGGACUCUUACGGCUCGCUCAGCCCAGAACAGACAGAGACCCAGCUCUCAUCCGAACUCCCACCUUCUCCUCCAGAUUCCCCCUCUUUAGACACUUCUGACCCCUUUGAAAACUUCAGUGCCAGUCAAGAGUUUCUGAGGGAGGAGGUGGUGGUUCUCCUCACCGCUCAGUUCAUCACUCUCUUCAAUCAGACAGCACUCGAGACCAUGGUGACCCCUCUGACGCAGAAGUACUUUGGCUUCGGUGAGCUGGGGAACAGUGUGAUGUACAGCCUGUGUGGGGUGGAGGUAAUUGCAGGUUUCUUCCUGGUGCGCUGGCUGAGCCGUGUGCUGGAGGACCGGGUGGUGCUGGCGGUGGGGCUGCUCAUCUGCAGCGGGGCUUGUGUCUGGUGCCUCAUCUUCCUGGCCAAUCCACAGGGUGGUUUUGCAUUUGAGUUGAUAGAGUUCAUCAUCGGCGUGUUCCUGCAGUUACUGGGACUUCCUUUUGUUGCCGUGUCUCAGGUGUCCCUCUUUUCUAAGGUUACAGCUGAGAAAACACAAGGCUUUAGUCAGGGUGUGCGGCGUUCAGUUGGUGGUCUUGCCACCAUUCUCGGUCCCCUGUGGGCUGGAGGUCUAAUAGGAAAUCUAUAUGUGAUGCUGGGUAUGAUGAUGCUCCUACUGACCCUCAUCAUGAUCAUGAUGGUGUUGUCGUAUGAGAAGUUGGUGGAGCCGCCCAGAGUGGAGCACGCACAGGACUCAGAGAAUGGAGGAUAGACACCACCCUUCACUACACAGGAUACAGCACAGAGCAAGAGCCCCUCUCUCUGCGGUCUGUCUGCCAAAGUUUAG